AUCAAUAAUAAUAUAGGUCCAAUUUUGGUUAAUCAAAUUUCUAAACAGAAAGUUCAAGUUUUGAUAAUGUUGUAUCAACAUUUUGUAUCGGACAUAAGCAGGCCGCUCAUGUGGGCUUGGUAACUGACUCUGGAUCAUGCUGAGAAGCCCUUACUGAAAUUUGGGCCCUACAGGCCCAACUAGCCAAUCUUGGUUUCUCUAAACUCAGUCAGGAUAAACCUUCUUCAGUUCUUCUUCCAUCUCUGAUCUCUCACUCGCUGGCUGUCCCGCCCAAACCAGAGUUACAAGAAAUCCUCUGCCUUCCAUUCGCAAGACAUUCAUGAAGCCUCCUCCGCUGCCUUUUUUACCAUCUUAGAACUGCUGCUUUCCCUUCAAAUUUUGUUUCCAGGUACUUCAAGCUCUCCUUUUUUACUUAUAGUCCAGGAAGCUUGUGAAUAAAAAUGGCGCGGAACCCAUGUUCGAACAAAAGCUUGGGUUUUUAUGAGUUGAUUUGGAAUUAAAUGAACUUCAAUCAGAUUGAAUUGCUUUCAGUUAUGUGCCUUCUUUUUGAAUGACUUUGGAUUUGUUUUGGUUCUUCUCAUUAACACGAGUAGAUGAGGAAAUCUCAGUGCUUUUGGAAUGAUUGGAUUUGUAUGUUUAAAAUGCUUGCAGAGGGAGAGAAGGAAUUCCAUGAUUUCUCCAAAUUUGGAGUCUCCUGAAUCUGGGCAUUGAUUAUAAAAUAUUAGUGAGCAAUGCUGCAAAGAACUUCAGUUUCCCCAAUUUUCAGCAGGACAUCGUCGCCUCUCUUGUUAAUGGUUAUUACAAGAAGAAUCCCGCUGAUCUCAUUUCUCCAGCACAGCUACCAUACUUUUCACCGCCCUUCGAUUCUCUCAUACCAUCAUCAUCACCAUCCAUUUGCUCUACCUGUGAAAUUCACUAGCAGAAGAGCCGAAUUUUGUAGCUUGAUAUCUUCAGCAGCAACACGCAUCCGUAAGUCGUCACCAACAGUGACUAAUAGGGUUUCUGGUAGAGAAACGAAAGCACAGAGGAAAGCUGCCCGGAAUUCACCUGAGGGGCAGCUUCGUGUGAAGAUCGACAUGUGCUCGAAAUCUGGAGACCUAACUGAGGCACUACGCCUGUAUGAUGAGGCAAGGAGGGAUGGGAUCCCGGUUACCCAGCACCUUUACAAUGUAUUGCUGUAUUUGUGCUCUUCUUCUAAUGCGGGUUCCUUCUCUGAUUUGGGUUUGAAGAGGGGAUUUGAGAUAUUUCAGCAGAUGGUGAUUGAUAAAAUUGAUCCUAAUGAGGCUACUUUUACAAAUGCAGCUAGGCUUGCUGCGGGUCUAGAAGACCCUGACAUGGCAUUUGAUUUGGUUAAGCAAAUGAAGGAUUUCGAUAUCCCUCCAAAAUUGAGGUCAUAUGGCCCAGCCUUAUUUGGCUACUGUGAGAAGGAGAUGUCGGAUAGAGCUUAUGACGUUUAUCUACACAUGAAUGAAACUGGUGUAGUGGCUGAAGAGGCGGAGCUUUCUGCACUUUUGAAAGUGAGUGCUCAUGCAGGGAAGGGAGAUAGGGUGUAUGAGAUGAUUCAUAGGUUGAGAGCCACGGUCAGACAAGUUGCAGAUUCGUCUAUGGAGAUUAUUGAAGAUUGGUUUAAAUCCGAGGGCGGGGGGAAGAUUGGUUUAGGGAAAUGGGACGAGAGGAAGGUAAGGGAAGGAAUUGUGAAGGGAGGUGGAGGGUGGCAUGGACAAGGGUGGUUAGGGAAUGGCCUGUGGAGAGUGACGAGAACUCAAGUGGAUGAUGAAGGUGUUUGUCGGUGUUGUGGGGAGAAGCUUGUUUGCAUUGAUAUCGAUCCAAGAGAGACAGAACAUUUUGCUAGCGCAUUGAGUAGCUUGGCCUGCAAGAAAGAGGUCAAAUCAGAUUUCAUCCGCUUCCAGGAGUGGCUCCGCAGGCAUGGUCCAUUUGAUGCGGUUGUAGAUGGAGCUAAUAUAAGUUUGAUCAACCAGCAGCAUUUCAACUUCCACCAGCUUAAUAAUGUUGUGAACCAAUUGCGUGAAAUGAGCCCAUCAAAGAGAUUUCCACUUAUUAUUUUGCAUAAAAGCCGUGUGACUGGAGGUCCUGCUCAACAUCCGAAGAACCAGGCACUGUUAGAGAGAUGGAUGAAGUCUGGUGCACUUUAUGCUACACCUCCUGGUUCAAACGACGAUUGGUACUGGUUAUAUGCUGCUGUCAGUUUUAAGGGUUUGUUAGUCACCAAUGAUGAAAUGAGAGAUCACUUGUUCCAAUUACUCGGAACAUCUUUCUUUCCGAGAUGGAAGGAGAAGCAUCAGGUUCGAUUGUCGGUAUCAACAUCUGGGCUCAAAUUACACAUGCCGCCUCCUUAUUCAAUUGUUAUUCAGGAGUCCGAAAAGGGUAGUUGGCACGUUCCAAUGACCACGGACGAUGAUCUUGCUACCCCAAGGCAAUGGCUAUGUGCAACUAGACAAAGGGCAGAGAGACACACACAUUCACAAUGAAGAAACUCCUUGAGCGACUUGGAAGUUUACUUACCUUCAUCAGAAACUCCCAACUGAUGGCAGAUGUGGUUCUUCGGCGCAGUGGUUUAACAGUUGGUGUAUCUAUGUAAAAUCAUCAAUUUUGAACUGAAUGGUAGAUUAGUUGCAGAGAUGGACUGCUGCACAGCUGCAUGUUGCUCUCUGCACAUAUGCAACUACUGAAGAAUUGAGAACUGACCUGGUGAAUUUCCCUUGCCAGUUCCCAAUGGUGGUAGCAUGAGUUGCUCUUGUAGGCUUGAUUAUUGUUAAGGAAUUUCAUUUAUUUCAAUGUCAACAACAGAAGAAGAAGCUAAGGGCUUAGAAGGUAGAUCAUUCAAGUAGAACAAGUCAAGGUGUUGUUUUUAUUCCCUUAGUGAAAUAGGGAACUGUAUUCAUCCCUUCAAUCGAAUCGAAAGUAGCAAUUCAUGCAAAUUAUUGCUGGAAGAUUGCUUAUUAGACUAACUGAAAUACGGAUUCAUGAGGAUGACAUAUUUCUUGAAAAAAUAAACUUCUAGGGG